GUUUUUUUAUGAGUUGAUGUAGAAGUUGCAAAUAUUACCUUUAAAACUGAACAACAGAGUAUUUUGAAUAUGAGUAAAUCAUCAAAGCGGAAAAUGAAGAAUAAGACAAUUUUGUCUGUUGAGGAAAAGGCCAAGCGGAGGCUUGUGAUGGAGAUGGUAAUGGAGGAGCGAUGUUCCGAGCUGGUCCUACCGCUCAUUGAAAAGGAGCCGGCCUACAGAGAAAGGAUCAUGGAACACUUUUUUAACCAAGGGUGCAAGUACUUAAAGCCUCUUAAAAAGCUUGAAAAACCUAGAUCUAACUAUUUGAAGGAUCUCCAUAUCCAAGAUUACAGGAAGUAUGAAUGCAGUUUAGAAGGGCUUCACAAAGCUUUCUAUGAAACGCUCUCCAUGAUAAAAUUGUUCACUAACGCCGAUGAAGCAUACCUUUAUUUGACUGAGGAAAAUAAGAUAUACAGAUAUUUCGAUAGUGAAUGUCGCUCUUAUGCAACAAGAUGGCCUAUUGCACCAGGAACAAUAAUAGCAGCAUUUGUUGCAUACUCACAAGAGUGCCUUAUGCUAACAAAAUCAAGCUUGAUAAAUGAGAAAUACCCUUUGGGUCUUGGCAGAAGAGGUGUUUUACCAAAUUCAGUUAUAAGUGUGCCGGCUAUUACACCAGACAGGAAAGUCCUUGCUGUAUUUGAAUAUGUCAAAAGAAAUUCUGGUUGUUUUUUUAAUAAAGAUGAGUUAAACUAUGCCAUUGCCACCGGUGCCUGGAUGGCAGCUGCAUUGACUCGCAAACAGGCAAAACAACAACUUCUUCAGAUUAAAGCUUAUAACUGGAGGCUUUUGAAAUAUUUCAAGAGUUUUUUAAAUGGAAAACUUGAAGUUGACAAUUUUGUUUCAAUGAGCAUGAUGUCAAUGAAGGAUUGUGUAAAAGCAGAAGAAGUUAUAUACUACUCUAGGAUUGCUGAUAGGAAGCUCGAAAUUGAAGUAUUUGAAGAGUUGUCUAAGACAAACCAACGGCUUGUAAGAGUAAUAAGAAAGAUUUCCUGGGCAUUGUCUGACGAGAUCUUUAAACAAGUUAUAACAAAUCAUGAAGUAAUUAACAUAUAUGGCAACCAAAUACAACAGUACUACAACCAAGAAGGUUCAGAGCAAUUAAGAGCUGUACUUUGUGUCCCAGUGGGGACACACAAAAGAACACUUGGAAUUGUAAAAGUAGUAAAUAAAAUUGGUGCACCGAAUUUCAAUCAGGACGAUGAAAUGCUUGCAACAUCUGCCGCAGUUUAUUGUGCUUCAGCUCUUUUAUAUGCAGCAAUUGCUGGCCAGUUGCACAAUAUGCAAGAAGUCGUACAAAGACAGAAACGUGUGCUGAUUUACCAUCUAAGGCCUUGCUCUCAUGACCUUGAAGCCUUCAAGUCAAGAGCGCUUGUGAAGCCUCCAGCAAAUUACAUUUCAUUUUCGUGGUAUCCAGCUCUAAGUGAACUGGACAACCUAACGGACUUCUCAUAUUGGAUGUUCCAAGAUCUUUUUGAAGGUGAUCCAAUGAUGGACAACUUUCACUUUUUUAUUCUCAUGUGUAAGAAAGGCUACAGAGAUAUGCCUUACCAUAACUUUGAACAUGCUUUUCAUGCAACACAUUGUAUGUUCUGCAUAAUCAGAAGCGCUGCUCAGAAAUUCACCUAUCUUGAGCAAUUAGCUUUGAUGAUAGCAAUGAUAUGCCACGAUGUUGACCAUCCAGGGUUUACAAACAAUUACAUGAGGCAGAUCUCACACGAUCUAAGUGUUCUCUAUCGGGAUUCAUUUCUGGAAAAUCACCAUUCAAACAUCACUAAGAUUCUAAUUAGUGAAUGCAAUCUAUUUGCUCAUUUAAACCAGAAUGAAUUUAAAAAUAUAUGCGAUGAGAUUCACAGCCUAAUUAUGGCAACAGAUCUUAAAUUGUACUUCCGUAAAAAAAUGGCAAUUAUGGAUCUACUUAAGCAGGGCAUCUUCAACGAGAGUCUGGCAGACCAUAAAACACUAAUGAAAAAGCUGAUGAUGACAUCAUGCGAUCUCUCUGGACAAUGUAAACCUUUCAAAGUUACUCAACGUCUUACAUUCAAUUUGUACAAGGAAUUAUACAAAGAAGGUGACAAACUACGAGCUAUAGGGAUAGAACCAUUGGCAGUCAUGGACAGGAACAAUUACCUUGACAUACCAUCAGACCAAGUACACUUUCUCUCAGAGGUUGUGCUCCCAUGUACACUCGUCCUGAGUGAGAUUAUUCCUGAGACUAAGGACCUCCACACAUUGAGCAGUGCUGUCUGUGAGACAUGGAGGGCAGAGAAAAACAGGAGGAUGGCACAAGCAGCGGCUAUGGCUGCUCAUGCUCAAACUGCUGCAGAACGGCAAGCAGCAAGUUUUCUCAGACUCAAGAAGAAUGUGUAAAAUAUAUUCCCAAUACACUCUAUCAAAAAACUU